AUGGUAGAGAGGUCAGUGAAAACAAGGGCCCAUUUAGUUGGUGGCUUUGCAGGCGGUUUAGCUUCUGCUCUCACAUUGCAACCGCUCGAUCUUCUCAAGACCAGAAUUCAGCAAAGCAAGGACAUUACCUUAUGGUCCGCUAUCAAGCAAGUUGACAGUAUCAAGGGUUUAUGGAGGGGAACUUUGGCAUCCAGUAUAAGGACUUCUGUUGGGAGUGCGCUCUAUCUCAGUAGCCUUAACCUAAUGAGAACCGCUCUAGCCUCCAGUCGCAAAGCCGGCAGCUCUCUUGGGCGAAGCAGCAAGCUGCCUCAGUUAUCCAUGUACGAGAAUCUGCUUGCGGGUGUCCUAGCUCGAGGUCUCGUCGGAUACAUCACAAUGCCUGUGACAGUGCUUAAGGUAAGGUAUGAAUCCACACUGUAUCAAUACAGAAGCCUCGGUGAGGCGACGAAGGAUAUAUACGUCAAGGAGGGAGUGAGAGGUUUCUUUAGGGGCUUCGGUCCUACGUGUUUGAGAGAUGCACCCUAUGCAGGUCUUUACGUAUUGCUAUAUGAGCGGUCAAAGGUUGUGGUACCAAAGCUACUGCCGAAAACAGUGAUCAGCUAUGAUCCGCAGGGAAACUACAGCACUUACACGUCGACUUUCGUCAAUGCGUUGAGCGCUAUCUUUUCAGCAAGUCUUGCGACCACUAUAACGGCGCCCUUCGACACGAUUAAGACCAGAAUGCAAUUGGAGCCGACGAAAUUCACUAGCUUCUUGAGGACGACUGUGGUAAUAUCGAAGGAGGAGAACAUUCUGCAACUUUUUAGUGGCUUGAGUAUGCGGCUAGCAAGAAAGGCAUUGAGCGCUGGCAUCGCCUGGGGAAUAUACGAAGAGCUGAUCAAAAAGUUUAUGUAG